AGCAAAUUUAUCACUAUCCAAAGCACAAUGCAUUGUACUAUAAGGGUUUUAUGAAAUUCAGUCAGGAAACGAGAAGAAAACGUAAAAUCUUCGAAGGCGAAAAUUCACUGCAACUUUUGCGAGCAUCGACGAGCGAGUUUUUAGCUUAUAAAACUACGCAUUUAAGUUACGACCCUCACAAAGCAUGGCCAAUACCAAAGAAACCAAGUAUGUUACCGAAGUGCCGAGUAGUUUGAAACAAUUGGCACGUCUUGUUGUACGCGGCUUCUAUUCCAUUGAAGAUGCACUCAUCAUUGAUAUGUUGGUGCGUAAUCCUUGCAUGAAAGAAGACGAUAUUGCGGAGCUGCUGCGCUUCGAAAAGAAACAAAUGCGUGCGCGCAUAUCGACGUUACGCAAUGACAAAUUCAUACAGAUACGUUUGAAAAUGGAGACCGGACCCGAUGGCAAGGCACAAAAGGUCAACUACUACUUUAUUAAUUAUAAAACUUUUGUGAAUGUUGUUAAAUACAAAUUGGACUUGAUGCGUAAACGUAUGGAAACAGAAGAACGUGAUGCCACAAGUCGUGCUAGCUUUAAAUGUACAAACUGCGAUAAGACAUUCACUGAUCUUGAAGCCGAUCAGUUGUUCGACUUCAACACUGGAGAAUUCCGUUGCACCUAUUGCGGUAGUCCUGUCGAGGAAGAUAGCUCGGCAAUGCCAAAGAAAGACUCACGGUUAAUGCUGGCACGUUUCAACGAACAAUUGCAGCCACUCUACGAUUUGUUACGCGAAGUGGAAGGCAUUAAGCUAGCGCCUGAAAUACUCGAGCCUGAACCUGUGGAUAUCGACACAAUACGCGGAAUUACGAAACCACAGAAUCAACGGCCCGAUGGUCAGCAAUGGUCAGGCGAAGCAACACGCAAUCAAGGUUUUGCCGUGGAAGAGACGCGCGUCGAUGUUAGUAUUGGCGGUGAGAUACAGGAGGCGGUUACCGAGCGUAAGGCACGUCCUGUAUGGAUGACCGAGAGUACGGUUAUAACGGAGGAACCUCAUGAUGCCACCGAGGCCAUACUUAAUGAAGCGGCACAAUCAUCCACACAACAUACGAUAAAUGUGGGUGGUGCAACCAAUAAUCGCAGUAAAAAAGAGAAUGAAGAUAUUAUGUCGGUGCUAUUGCAACACGAGAAGCAAACUAAUCAAAAGGAUGCGCUAGCGAAAAGUCUUAAAUAUGGUUCUUCGAAUGCGGACUCCAGUGAUUCUAGUGAUGAUGACAAAGAUAUCGAUAAUACUAAAAUACCGAAAGUUGAUUACAACAACUAUAUCAAUUCUGAAUCAGAAGAUGACGACGACGAUGUUCCUACGGUGCUUGUUGCCGGACGACCACAUCCAAUAGAUCAAAUCAAUGACGAACUCAUAGCUCAAAUGACACAGCAAGAGAAGGAAAACUAUAUACACGUUUAUCAGCAGCAUUACAGCCAUAUUUAUGAUUAAAGCCAAGUGCCUGUAGAGGCGAGCAUGGACUGUAAAGUUGGAAUUAUGUAUAUUUUUUACUAGUUAAAUCUUAUUUCCAAUUAUAUUGCAAUUUAUUUAAUUUUGUUUUAUUUGCUGUAGAAGUUUCCAACAUUUCGUUGCAUACAAUAGCACACCAUAAAUUAAAAAAAAAAUUAUAAUAAUAAAUAUGAAGCUAA